AGAGUCGUGAGCCGCGCGGAUACGCGGUGUACAACCAAACGGUUUGGCACCCCUGGAAAUAUAUAGUUUUCUAAUCUGUGGAAUUAAUAGACUCUGUGAAAUAGUGAUCGGGCUUUAGUGUCAGGGGUGUCAAGGGUGUCAGUGUCAGUGACGGUGUGUGGCAUGGGACAGUAAUGGGGGCGGGACACAGCGCGGAGGGCGACUGCGGCGCCUACGCCAGCGACCCUUCGACGCAUGAUCGGCGGAAAACCAACAAAAGAAGGCGAAGGCACUCGGUGGACUCGGUCGCGUCGUAUUCUAGCCAGAAUCACGUAGACCGUAUAAGGACUCAGAAUUUCUCAGCGGCUUCUUGUCAAGAAGACGUAGACUUUGGGUCGAUCAAGACCAGUCUGUUCAGGCGUUCGACGUCUAAUUUGGAUUACCCUAUUAAACGACCCGACAGCGUCACUUCCAAUACAAGCUCUACAAGAAGCCGCCUUCGAGAGCUCGUAGAAAGGAAAUCGAGUUCAGAGGAACAUAAGCCCGCGGCAAACACCGUCGCCGACAUACAGUACUUUGAGAACCCUGCUGAAACGUUAGAGUUCGACAAUCCGAGGAACUCCCUCGACUCCAGAAACAGCCAAGAAGAACGGCCUAAAAAGAAAAAGCAAUCAAAGAACAAAGAGAAAAAUAAGGAUUACUGUGAGAUUAAGAACAAAAAACACGAAAAAUAUCAAAGUAAGUUGGCGGAAUACUACAAACUACCAAUUCAAUUACCUCAAGACGAAUUCUAUCAACAUUUAACAAGAUCACGAGCGGCAGAAGAACUCCUGCAAAAACGUUUUUCGAACUCUGAUACAGAAUUCAAUGGAAGUUACGGCAGAUUGUGCAAGCAUAAAGAAAACGAAGGAUCGACGAAUCUAAGGCGAAGUCGAAGCUUGGCUGUAAUACGAGAGGAAACUUUUACGGAUCUUCAAAUACAGAAUCACGCCAAAAACAAAAGGUCACAGCUCAUACCACGCGCUCGUUUGUUCGAUAAACCUUGCUUUAGAGACAGGUUACCUGGUCGUGCUAAAUAUCAAACGAAAGAAGAAGUUUUAGAAGCCAUUUACAUUGACAGCACUGCUUCCUGUUUCGGCGAUAUAAACAGAUCAAAGGUAGACGACAUUCCAGACGACAAAGUUCAAAACGGAUCAGGGAAAGAAGACGACGUAUCUCAGAACGAAAGUCGUCAAUCGCAGUCUAUUGGAGGUAGUUGGCCUAAUUUAAUAGAAGAAUCUAAACAAACUAACCUUUCUGAAGAUAGCAUCGGCCACUCGCGAAACCCAAGCGAGAUAGAUAGCUUAGAUUCAAACUACGUUCGAAAGCACUACAACUUUGAAGAACAUCUAAAAAAUUACAAAGAAAAUUCAGAUACUGAACACUCCUUUAAUUCGGGAAAUAUUAAUAAUAAAGAACUUUACAUUGCUAACAACGACCACAACGGUGAAAUCGAAGAAGAAGCGAUAUCUAAGAAUAAAUCACCAUUUCACUCUGAAGAGAACAUUUCUAUAACCCGAAGCGACCAACCCAAAUGCGUACAUGAUUCUAUUUUGAUACCUGAGAAAGACGAUUCAUAUGACGAGAUUUCAAUCAGGAGUAACAAAAGCCCAAUACAAGAAAUUUACGAUACAGCAAUCGUAAAUAGUACUAAGACUUCAGAAGAUAAAGAUAUUGACUUACAAUCAGUUAUAUCAGAGAACGACGGAACUAUUUCCAGUCCACCAGAUAGUAUAACAUCAUAUAUAUCAAUCUCCAUAGCAUCAUCAACUGACAAGUCUCAAAAAUUAGAGCACCUAGCCAAUUCCUUAGCUGAGAAAAUAGACGAAUAUUGUGACACACAUUUUAAUGAAAAUAACUCAGUAAUUUCUAACAAUAUUAACACAGAUUAUCAUAAAAACUCAAAUACAGACCCCAUUUACACAAAAGUACAGAAAAAAACAUUUGCUGACAUAAGAAAAGAUUCACUUAAAAAGAGAGAAGAUAAAAGUCCAAGUAACGAGAUAUACGUUAACAAUACAUACAUAGAAAAUAAAAAUAAGAAAAACAAUUGUACAUCUACCAGGAAUAUAACUACGGAACCGUUUGUAACCACUUUAAUAGAAAAUCAAUACUACUCAUUGCCUGAUAUUAACAUAAGUAAGUGUUUAAGAAAAUCUGAACGAAUAGAUGCUCAAUUAAGAGAAGAAGACAAAGAAGACAUACCGUGCGAAAACACUUAUGAAAUAGCUCACACAAAUUUUAAAGAAAUAUUAGCUGCAAAGAGCAGUGAACAAUACGGUCAUUUGAAUAGAUCUUACAAUCAGUCUCCUCAGCUUGCAACAAAUACUACUGUUUACGUACCAGAAUAUAAGGAAGCAAAUAUAUUAAAUAGCUUCACAAAAUUAGAUGAUGAUUUAGAAUCUAUUGUAACAAUAGAAAGUUCUAACGUUGACGAUCAAAAUUACUACAAUUCAGGUGUUCAUCAUCAAAACGAAAGGGAAAUCAAUGAAAUAGAAGGAACAAUACGAAAUAAUAAAAUUAUUACGAAAGCAGAAAGUUUAAAACUCUCGAGCUCAAUAAUAAGACCAGACAUAAAAAUAUCGAAGUCCUUAUCAAACGAUAACAUCAACAAGUCUGUAUUAGAAAAAAACAAGAAAACCAAUAUAAGAAAACAUUAUUCGCUACGCCAAAGAGAUCCUUCUAAUGAUAAUAUCCGAAUUCCAAGUCCAGACACCGUAGAGAAAACAUUACAUAGUUGUAUUGAAACUGAAAAUUUGAAACCAAAAAUUCCUGAAGGAGUAAAAAGUAAUUCUCUUUUAUCACGAGUGCAGUCAUUUAAGACUUCGUCAGAAUCGAGUAUUACAAUAUUACCACUUAGUGGACAUCAAACAAUAGUCAUAGAUCCCCCAAUUACAAAAAGUGUAACAGACCUUUGUCACACAAAUACUACAGUUCACACGCCCGACAUUUUACAAAAAGAAAGUAAAGAAGAAAAAGUAGAAGAAACAAAUCAUAAUUCGUUAGGAUCUAUUGAAACAUCUAAUUUCUACAUUCCAAAAGAUCCAUUUAUUACUAUAAAGCUAAACAAAGUUGUGAAAAAAACCAUUCCAAAACUUACGAAAGAAAUACCCAACCAAACUUUCAUAGAGCAAGUUAAAAUCGAUAAACCUCCUAGCAAAUUAAUAAUCAAAGAUAGUAAUAAUAGUACUAUUACAUCAACAUAUACUAAAGCAACAGAUAAAAUGACACGACCUCAAGUAAUACGAGUGGUUGAUUCAAAAAACAAAAUUGCAUCAUCUAACAACAGUACUGAAAGUAGCAAUUGUGAAAUAAGUAAAACCAGUAACAAAGUUGACAGCAAUGAAAAACCGGAAAAGAAAGAUGACCACUUCGAAAAUAAGAACGACAACAAAAAUGAGUUUACAGUUAAAGAAAAAUUACACAAUGCAAUAAAAACAGACCUCGAAUACCAGGAAAAAAUAAAUUCGGUUAAAAGUUAUUGGUCGAAAUUAAUAGAAAAACCGACAGAAGAUCACUUAAAACAGGAGGUUACAGAAAAUGAGAAAAGUGCACCAAAUAAUAAUAUAACGACAAAAGUGGAAAUAACUGAAACAAAAAAUGAUGAUACAAAAUAUGUACCAGAGAUAUCUGUAGGGAGCAUCAUCAAAUCUUUAGAAAGUGUUAAAAUUGUCGACAGUAUUAAAAAAAUAAGUCAAACAACAAAAAAAUUGCAAUUGUGGAAAGAAGAAACUGAAAAGGUUAAGAGUGAUUCCGAAAUAGAAGAACCGACUGUACAAAAAAUUAAAAAAGAGAGCGAAGGAACUAUUUACGACCGACCUAAACCGACUAAAAUAACGAAAGAGGGAAAUCAAGACAUGAGUCGAGACACCCCAGAAAUCGAAAUAGUGGAAUUAAGUAGUGAGGAUAACCAAAAUCAAAAAACUCAAGCAACCAUUAUUAAAGCUAAGGGAUACGAAAAAGGAUGCGACGAAUUUGAUCAUGUUCGGUAUAAAGUAAUGAAAUCUGAACUAUUUAAAAAUAGUAUGAUUGCUAAUUACCGAAAAGAAGCACAAUUCGAUGGUUUAUUACAAUAUUUACAAGAUUACAGCUUCCAAGAAUUAUUAGUAAAUAAUAACAUUGUUAUUAUAGAACCAGUAAGAACAAAAGUGGAACCUACGCCAAAGAAAAAUAAUAAUCUCGACCCUUGUAAAAUUCCAUCAUCACUUUUGAAAAAGAAUGAUAACAACUCAGGUCAGAUAGAUAAGUCAAAAAACGCAAUAAAGCGUCAUUUCUUUUAUCAUCCAAUUAGGGUGAAUAAAGAAAUAAUAGAAGAAGAACUUCCGAAUCCAGAUACAGUAAAGAAGGUACGGAAUUUAUUUGAAGAUACUUUAAAAAUGAGAUCCCCGGUAAGUCAAGAUCCACCACUUGUUAAUGAAAAUAGUAGACUGACAAGAAGGGCAACGUCCUACAGAAAUAUAAGUGAAGAAAAUAAAACAAGUAAGAUUGGUGGAAGAAAGAAAGUAAUACGUCAAUUAACAAUUGACACUAACAUUGGAAACAAAAAAUGGGACAAUGCAAGUCUUUCAAGUGGUGUUUCAAGCGGUGACUUAAGUUCUAAUAACGAAUUUGACCAAGACGGUCCCUACUCAAAGAAUUUAAAAGAUAACGUAUAUAGCUCCAGUGACGAAUAUCUUUACGAUUCAAUGAGCCAAGAUUUUUGUUGCGAGAGUCAAUAUGUAAGCCCUGAAAUUCUGAAAAAAAUAAGAGAUUGUGGAACAUCUAUAACCUAUUAUGGAGGAAAAGUCUUAAAUUCCAAAACAGGAUCGUCUGUAAGUCCGAUGACCAAAGUUAUAAUGGAUGAAAUAAAAAGUUUGCAAAAAAACUGCAGUAGAGAUUGUUACUCUUGUCAAACUAAGUGCAAAGGUGACAAAUGCUCAUGUCUUGUAGCUGACAGACACGCGCAAAUGGUCGCCGACAAGCAAAAUUUGAACAUUUCAGAAGAAAGGUUAAAUCAAGAAAGUUAUGAUAGAAUCAAACGUUCUGAUGGAUUUCCGGGUUUUAAAUUUAAGCUCGUUAAAUCCAACAGUUGCAGCAGUCGUUUGGAAUUAACAGGAACCGAUGAAAGUCAAAACCCUAGACUAAAGUACAGAAAACAGAGAUCUACAGAAGAUCCUCCAUUAGUUCACGAUGAGGACAAUUCUGUUAAAAACAAAAUUUGUCGUUUAGAAAGUUACAAUAAAGGAAUCGUUAAGACCCCUUUUGAAAAUAACAACAACGAAAAUAAGAAAUUAAACUUAAACGUAAGGCCACAAGUAAAUAAAGUGAGCGAAGAGAAAGAAGAAAUCUCAAUACAUUCUUCGAACAACAACGAACAUCUGAAAAAGGAUAAAGAGCGAGAAGGUGAAGAUAGCUACAAUAAUCUGGUACAAUGUGAUAACCAGAAUAUCAACGAUGCACACACUUUCGAAAAAAAAUUCUAUUACCUCAACGAAAAUUUAGACUCCAAGAAUGUACCAACAGGAAAAUUUGGAGAAAUGGUGUUCGAAGAAUUUGAAGUUUUAGAAUCAUGUUAUGAUAGUUUAAACAGCAAUAAGUCAUUAAAGUAAUUUAAAAUAUUUAUAUUAAAUCUCUUGAAUACAUUAAAUGUGAUCUGUAAUCAAA